CCAAGAAGCGAAGCAGAGCGAAGAAAGAAGAUUGGGAGAAAACGAGAACGGACCGUCCGGUUAGAGUGAAUAUAUCAUUUUAUCCGCUGUACCGCAAAAAAAGGCUGUGUUUUUGGCCACGGGCAAGUGAAGUUCAGCCGCUGACGAAGUACCUAACAACGGCGUACGGAAUCGCUCGUUCCUCGGAACCGGGCUUGGAGCUGCAUCGAAUUACUUUGGCGGUGAUGUUCUUAUCGUUCUAGGGAUGUGCAGGAAAGUGAGUUCGGUAUAAAGUUUUGAGUGUUGGAAUAGUUUCCGGUGAUAUUUACGCACCGUUCUAGAUGAAUCAGUGGUGUGUUUGCUGAUAUAGGAGACACGAUAGUGGUGCCGCUGUUGUGCUGAAGGUGCGUGUGCGCUCAUGUAGUGUAUGAUAAUAGACGAACAGUAGUCAUUCGAACGGGAACAGUGAGUGCGGGCAUACAGAAAGGGCACACUUCCGCGAUACCAGUCUAACAACGCACGGUGUGGUCUGACCGGCAAAAGCAAGCGUAAGUUGUCAAAAAACGGAACUAAACGCUAUGCAGCUCGGUGGUUGCUGCUAGAGAGAAGAAACCCCCCCAAAAGAGACAACACCAAGCACGAGAAAAUAGCGCGAUAGCAAAAGUUCCGCUUUUGUAAUACCAUACACAGGUCUCUCCCGACGCUCUCAUCUCGAUAGAUUUAGUAGUCGGCAUCGCAGCACCCAGUAAAAUUGGUCAAAACCGUAGCCACAAAAAAGCGCGCUUGCUCGCAUGCACGUCAACGAAUGCGCGCGUGAGUGUGUGCGUGCAUAAGUGCUUGGAAGGAGCACUGAGGAAGUGUGUAGGAUUUUGCUGGCAUAGUGGUAGUCGUCGUCGUUCAGCAGCACACUACUACGGUAAAAACAGCUUUUGCUUCACUUGACGUUGGUGGAGCAACUGGCCGGGCAAAAGAGCGAUUUAGGGACAAAAAACCUUCCACUGCUGUUCACAAAAAAUUGUCCCCAGUACAACGGACACUGUGAACGCGGCUGUUGGUUCACAGGUUAACAACUUGCACAGAGAUCAAAGUUGGCUGUGUUGACGGUGGAUAGAAACCUAGCAAAAUGACAGACGAUUCGUAUCCCAAGACGCUUUACGUGGGCAGCCUCGACACAACGGUAACGGAGGAGCUGCUAUGCACCCUGUUCAGCCAGAUGGGUACAGUGAAGAGCUGCAAAAUUAUACGCGAAGGAACCAUCGAUCCUUUCGCUUUCAUCGAGUAUGAUAAUCAUCAGUCGGCCCAGACAGCGUUGGCGGCGAUGAACAAGCGAAUGUUUCUGAAGAAGGAAAUCAGGGUGAACUGGGCAACGAGCGCGGGAAAUCAGCCGAAAACGGACACGAGCCAGCAUCACCACAUCUUCGUGGGUGAUCUCAGCCCGGAAAUUGACACCGAAACGCUGCGGGAAGCGUUCGCGCCUUUUGGCGAAAUUUCCAAUUGCCGCAUAGUGCGUGAUCCCCAAACGCUCAAAUCGAGGGGUUACGCGUUCGUAUCGUUUGUGAAGAAGGCCGAGGCAGAGAAUGCGAUCACUACGAUGAACGGACAAUGGCUUGGAUCGCGGUCCAUCCGAACGAACUGGUCGACUCGGAAGCCACCGGCACCUAGAGAAAACUCUAAAGGAAUAAAAAGUGGUAAAACGCCCGGCUUUGAGGAAAUCUUCAACAAUACCAGCCCUACCAAUACGACUGUCUACUGUGGCGGAUUCCCGCCAAACGCGAUCACGGACGAACUGAUACAGAAACACUUCGCACAGUUUGGACACAUAAAUGACACUCGAGUGUUCAAAGACAAGGGUUACGCGUUCAUCCGGUUUGCGAGCAAGGAGUCGGCGGCACGCGCCAUCGAAGGUACGCAUAACAGCGAGGUACAAGGACAUCCGGUAAAAUGUUACUGGGGCAAGGAGAAUGGAGGGGACGUGAAUAGCAAUGGCAUGAACGCAUCCGCGAUUGCAGCGGCGGCCGCCGCCUCCGGCAUGAUCGGCAUGAAUAUGAAUGGCAUCGUUAGCCAAAUGCAGCCCAUGCAACCCAACGCGGCGGCUGCUGCUGCUGCGGCUGCCGCUGUCGCUCAGCAGCACAGUGCCAAUCCGCAGCUCACGCAGGCUACGGCAGCAGCGGCUGCAGCCGGUGCACAGUAUCCUUACUCAGCAGCAGCUUACGGUCAAAUGGCGUACUGGUUUCCGGGAGGAUACCCACAGAUACAGACACAAUACAUGCAGCAAGGGUAUUACACUUACCCAACCGCCUACGCUCCUGCAGCUCCACAGCAAACUGGCACAGCAGGCUACCGUAUGAUGCAACCGAACAUGGCAGCAGGCUGGGGCAUGCAAACGGUUCCGACGGUAGCAACGAAUGGUGCGGCGGCGGCAGCGGCGGCAGCAGCGGCUGCAGCAUCAUCACAGCAACCCGUGAUGUAUGCAACGAUGCCGCAGUUCCAAACGCAAUGAGAACUAUUGAAAAAUUACUCUACCAGCAACGACAUCAGCACCGGCAUAAAACCAAGCGCCCACAAUUCCAAGAACCACGCUAGUAUCAGUAAUAUGAAGAAUUUUAACAACAGUCUCCUAAACAUUGUCUCACCGCCGCCUGCAGCAAUGACCAGCAAUAACAAGAACAACUUUUGCUUGCUGCCAAACCUGCCAGUUCCUUCUGUCGCGUCCGGAUCUUUGCUACCUUCAAACACAAUCGACAGCCUGUCCGUAUCGUCUGCUGCCGCCACCAACAGUGUGGGAUCCAUACUGCUCGGUAACACUAGUUCCACGCAAAACACCUCGACUGUUGCGGCCAUGGUAGCCGCUUUUAACAAUAAGGGAAUACACCGACAGCCGUCAGCAACGGUGGUUUCGUCGUCCCAGCUGAUGGUGGCCCAUUCGAAUGGAGUAAGCGAUGGAGGAGGUGGCGCUCUGCUUUUAGGUGGCGGCCAUCCUCAUCAACGUCUUCCACUCAAUCCGUCGACAUAUGCGUCGCAACAGUCUUCUACUCACCAUAUGACAACGGCAAACGCGAUUGCGGUGGCUAUCGCUGCCGCGGCGGCGGCGGCAACUGCUGCCCAACAGCAGCAGCAGCAGUACCCAUAUCGUCAACAACAUCACCACUACCAGCCGUCGACAGCGAGCGCCGCCCCAUCUAUGGCGACCGCAUUCCUGCCAAUGAACGCCUUUAGGAGUAAAAAAGCACUAGCGAGCAAAAUGCAGACAACCGUCGCUGAGAGUGUAGUUCCAUCCGCCGCGAAGCAAUCACCGGCAGCAGUGAGAAGUUGUACGGUGACGACCGUCGAAGCGUGCACUACUGCCGCCACGAGCAGCAUUCCAUCGGCUUACGUUCCUGCCGGUGAUGGCGGCACGGAUACGACCGUGUGCA